AUGCGCUUCAUCGGUCCGACUUGUUAUCUGGCAUUAAGUAUGCUUAUAUCGGGUAGCAUUACGAUCGGUAUGGCUUUUGUAACUAAUGCUCGACAACUGAUCAUUGUCCGCUUUUUUCUGGGUGUGGCUGAAGCGGGCUAUUUUGCGGGUAUCAUCACUUAUUUCUCUCUUUGGUACUGUAAAAAAGAGCAAACUAUGAGAAUGGCUAUACUGUGUGCAGCCGUUCCGGCUGCUGGUGGUAUCGAUGGUAUUCUGACUUAUGGUAUCUCGCACAUGCAAGGCAUCGGUGGUCUGAAUAGUUGGCAAUGGACAUUUUUACUCGAAGGUUUACCGAUCAUCCCUCUCGGCGUUCUUGUCUAUGUGCUUCUUGACAAAAUACCAAAUGCUGUUCAGUGGUUGAGUAAUAUAGAGAAACAACUAUUGACAAAUCUUCUUCGAGAUGACACCGGUGUCGCCGACAGUGAACCUAUACCAAAAACUCGAAUUUCAUGGCGGCAAGUACGCUAUGUUUUUAUUGAUUGGCAAAUCUAUUUGUACAGUAUGAUUGCUGGUGGCAUUUUGGCCGCUCUCAAAUCCCUGAUAACGCUCCUUCCAACUCUAUUCGAAACUACGGGUUAUACCAAAACUGAAACACACUUAAUGACGACACUGCCUUAUGCUGUUGCAUGUGUUUGUGCUCUUCUGGUUGGCUAUUCAUCGUCACAUCGAAAUGAACAUGGCUAUCAUCUCUUAUUCUGUUUAUCAAUCGCACUACUAGGAUUCAUCCUAAUGUUCACUCUGUCCAAUCAAGGCAAAGUAGUCAUGUGUAUCAGCAGCACUGUUAGUUGUUGUGGUGUAUUAUCUGCGCUAUCUCUACCACUCUCUUGGUUGACAAAUAACAUCGGUGGUCAUACAAAGAGAUCAAUGGCAAUAAGUUUCGUGAUGGGUAUCGGUCAAAUUGGUGGCAUCUGCAUGCCUCUAAUUUAUAGAGACGUUGAUAAGCCGACGUAUCGACGCGGGCACGCAAUUUGUAGUGGAUUGAUAGCUGUUAGUAUGGCUGCUACCAUUAUUUUAUUGAUUUGUUUAAUGAAAGAAAAUAACCGGCGAACAAAUUUAUCACCUGAAGAAUAUACACGUGAAGCUACUAUCAAAGAACCUUGCGAUCGACAUCCCGACGUACGCUACUCGUUGUGA